CUUGGUGCUAGAUGGCAAAGUGAGGUUAUACGAGACACUCAUAGAUAGCGCGGAGUGUCACGAUUGGUUUUUUCACGCUAACUAAUAUUACAUGAUUGUUUAGUUUUUAUUAAUAAUAUAAGGCUUGUGCUUUGAUUUUACUACAAAUUAAUAUUUAAUUGUUUGUAUAUAUUUAAUUUUAGAGCAAAGUCGUUUUCUUUUAAGUGUUGAUGUCGGGUUGAAAAGUGUUUGGAUGGGAUGGUUUGCGAGGGAGACAUAUUUGUUUUGUUCCGUGUUCGUAGGUUACCAUUCAAAAUGAUUUUAUUUUACGAUGUGAAGUAAUAGUUUAUACUAUAUAGUGUAAGAUACAGUAAACAUACGUAUUCACUGUUGAGGUAAUUUUUUCUGGAACUGCAAGGGUUUCUGAACUGACCAUAAACCGGCGAAAUAUUUUAAUACUAAGUAUAACCUCCAUCAUCAACUCUUUGUGCUGAGACCAGUAGUCUAUAUUUUAAAUACCUAUUUUACUUCAAAUAUUACAAUGGAAAGAGGCAGUGUAACUUUGGAAAUGCUGUAUCCUCAUUGGGUCGACCUCAAUAUGCGGCACAUGGUUCAGACAGGCAUGGCGACUCCCUACGCGGCGCAGUAUUCCCAGAAUGGGGAAGCAGGGCCACCCAAAGGGGAGCCAGGCAAGGAAGGUCCACCAGUUACGGUGCCUCCCUUUUCCCCCCCAACGGUAACUCCAAAUGGCAUUGAACAACAGACUGUCAGCAUUCAAACCGAACCAGAAGCUGAGAAUUCCACUACUCAAGGAAAUCCACCGGUCACCUCAAAUUCAGUUGUCCUAGCUUCAGAAAUUGGGAAAAAUCAACCUAAGAGGCUUCACGUGUCAAAUAUUCCAUUUCGUUUUAGAGAUCCAGAUCUUCGAGCUAUGUUUGGGCAAUUUGGUCCAAUAUUAGAUGUGGAAAUAAUUUUCAAUGAGAGAGGUUCAAAGGGAUUCGGUUUUGUAACAUUCGCAAAUAGUGCUGAUGCGGACCGCGCACGAGAGAGACUUCACGGCACCGUGGUUGAGGGAAGAAAGAUAGAGGUUAACAAUGCUACAGCUCGGGUUCAAACCAAGAAGCCUCCUACAGUCCCGAAUGUAUGCGUGCAGUGGCCGGAGGCGGCCGCGGCCUUGCGCGGCGUCGCUAUACAGCGAGGACGGGCCCGUGCCGCGUACCCCGCGGCGGCGGCUGCUGCGGCUGCCUUUGCACGGCACCCCACCCCCCUCACGGCCGCCGCAGCCACCGCCUUGCAAGGAUACACACCUAGUGUAUACUACGAUCCCUUCUUAGCGGCCCAUGCAGCUACGGCUGAUCCUAACUACAGGUUACAGGCGAGCAACGCUGCAACAGAGGCCGCUGCUGCAGCCGCCGCCGCCUCUCCGCUACUAAAAACUCCUCUGUCGACUGCCCAACAGGCGAGUUACGCUGCUGCAGCGAGCUACACGGCCGUCGCGGCGAGGGCGUACGGAGCAGCGGCCGCAGCUGCCCAGCCCGUCGCUGGCUACGCCGCCGUCGCAGGUUACGGUAGGGAAUACGCAGAUCCUUACUUGGGCCACAGCAUAGGACCUGUUGCUGGAUAUGGGGCUGCUGUGUACAGAAGUGGAUACAAUAGGUUCGCACCUUACUAGACAAUCCCUCGACCAACAGAACUCCAAAACACAAGCAGAAAACUCUCACCUUGCCUCAUUCAUCACAGAUCACAAAAUAAUGUGACAUCUACGUCAAAUGAAUAAUCAAAGGUUGAUAAGCACUUUUUUUGCAAGUUCCGACAGUGAGUGGACACCUACCGUAUUCAGUAGGUUGGCAGCUAGACGUAGGAAAGCUUUUUAGUUCUUUAGGGAAACGUCUUAGUGCAGGUGUACCAUUUACAUUGGAGGACAUGUCACGCUGAUACCGUGACUUAUAAAUGAAACAUUUAUUUUUUUUCUUAUGUGUUUUUAGUUUUUGCUGAAGUGCAUUGUAUUUUGAUGUUUUUUAAAAGCCCUGAUUAAAGUAAGGGUUUGGUGGUAUUAUACUUUAAAAGGCAUGGGGAAAAUUGGCACCUGCAUUGCAUUCUUAGUAAAGAGAAUAUCUGUUAUUGCCGUUUACAAAGCUUGCCAUGUGCAUAGUGACUGUGGUUUAUUACUAAACAUAUAAUGCAGGUAUGAAUGAGUUACCCAUGCAUACUUGUGUCACAAGUUUUAUAUUGCAGAGUUUUAUAUGCCGAUAAAGUAUGUGUUUAUUCGUUCUGCUGAAAAUCCAUAUUUAAUGCUAGAAUUAACUUGAAAACAUUCAUCUAAUCAUCUAAGGAAAGUUUCUGAAAGGAACAAACACCAAUAAACAUACACAUUUCAAGCUUAAUGUAUGUUGUAUUUCAAAUUUGAGUUUCUACAUGAUGAGAAAGUUGUAUUUCUGUUUUGAAUGAUAGGAAUGGUCACUUUUUAAUAUGUCUUCAAUACUGGUCAAGAAACUUUAGUAUAUAAUGUGAUUUAUAUGAUAUUUAUUAUAGUUUGUGUUUUUAUCAAUUCAUUUGUUAGUGUGUAGUUAAUUAGUUGAAUUCCAGAAAGUACUUUGAGAUUUUUUAUACUUGAUAUAAUGGCUAAUACCUAAUUUAGCAGCCAUGUUUUCUGUAGCCAGUAAUAUAUCUAGUAUGUUAUUGGCAGUUACACUUAAUGUAACAGUCUUUAUUAAAAUAAUAUAUAUUUUCAAUCAGAAAUACUUUUUGUAAUUUCACCAAAACUUAAAGGUUGCAGUGAUGUUUUACUGAUUACUCAUUGUAUUUUAAAGAAUAAAAUUAUUUUUAAUUCUUGCUAGCUCUGAUGUAAGAUGUAAAUGAUAUGUUUAAACUACAUCGUUACAUUGAUACAUGAAAAAAUUGCAGUUUGUUUAAAUUUUUGACUGAGCAUACGUUUACAGUUACUAAUUGGUAGUGCUUUUCUUUGCAAAAAUGCAUGAUUUUGAAACUUAUAGACUUGAAUUAUUUUCACUUUUAAGUCGCAUUUAUUGAGCAAUUGUGAAAACAUGAUGAUGGUAUAUUGUAUAAAAAUAUAUAUGUAGUACACUUUACAUGAAAUUUUGCACUAUCUUAGUGACUUUUACCUAACUAUGUAAUACUACGUUGACAUUGUAAUUGGUAAAGCAGAAGGUCUUGAUUUGGGAAAGUGAUGAAGCCAGAUAGCAGCCACUUUGCUGUAGCCCUGUGCUGAGCAUGUCCCUGCCUCUGGCUUCUGUCGCGCAAUCCCGAGAGACUUAGAUCUGACAUGGACAUAUCGGUUUUUAAAAAGUCACUGUUACAUUGAAAUAAUAUAUUUAUGCCAUUUUCCAAGCUAAGCUCUCUGAAGUCAAAGUGUAAGUGGUGUGAAAUUGAGUUUUGCAUAACUGUGUGUUUGUGUGUGUGUGUGUGUGUGUUGUGUGCCAAUAAAGACUUACGGGACACACAGUGUGAUUGGUUUAGGAUGUAGCCAUCAGUAGAUUAGCUGUAGUGCAGGAAUUUGUAAGUCAUAUUCUGUGUUACUUGUUAUGUCUGGUGGAACACACAAGCAAGAGUCCUUGAGGGAUUCACUUUUAGCCAUUUUGUUUGAAAGUUGUUAGUGUGAUAGGAAUUGUAAUUGUAGAAUUUAUAACAAAAAAGCAGUUUGUUUUCAUUAAGUUUCAUACUUGGCAAAAGUUUUGUAAUACCGUGGUGCAAAAACUAAAGCAAUGACGUCUUGCAGUUGUAAUGUGGUGCACUGAUGUUUUUUGACCUGUACUGGGAUGGUGUUCAUGGCAUUGUAAGGUACCAAAGAAACAAAUCAAUGUGUGUUAUUGCAUUUUCCCCUCUAAAUUCCUGAGCAUCAUGCAGAUUGAUCAUCAUGAUAGUUCUUCAUCUAUCAGUUCAUCAAUUUUAGUUUAUUUGAGGGCAAGGUACACACACUUAGUGUGUAAAGCGAAAGAAUACGUCUUCCUUUUUGGCACAACUUUCAAUUUUCUUCGCACACAUUGGUUGUCACUGCAGACAACAGCACAAAUAUUGAGAUUUUAAUGUGUUAUAAGUGGAACCUGUUGCAUUAUUUGUGGUUGUAGUUUUUAAUCACAUCCAAGAAUUCGCCCAGAGUUCGUAAAAAAGUGAAUUUGUGUAAGAAUGUGAUAAAUUGUUUUUAAUAUGUAGAUGUUACGUGCACAUGUAAAGAGAAUAUUAUUUUCAUGAAAGACAGAGCAAAGUGUGGUGAGUGCUUUGUCAUGUUGUCAGUGGUGGGGACUGAACGAAUCUCUAGCCACAAUGUACAAAGUCUCGACUGUUGUUACUUGCCGUAUUUUCUCUGUGUAAUCAUGAAAUAAAUCAUGGUAUGAACUUUCA